CUUGUCAUACUGUCACGGCCUCUAGGCUGAUAAGCUUGGGCUUUUCCCAAGGGUGAUGGGGAGCCACGGAGGGCUUUUCUAUCGCUACCAGGACCUGGCUCCCCAGCUUGUCCCCCUCGACUAUACCAGCUGUCCUGAUGUGAAGGUGCCCUACGAGCUUAUCGGCAGCAUGCCUGAGCUGAAGGACAACCCAUUCCGCCAGAGGAUUGCCCAGGUGUUCUCUGACGAUGGGGACGGCCACAUGACCUUGGACAACUUCCUGGACAUGUUUUCCGUGAUGAGCGAAAUGGCUCCCCGUGACCUCAAAGCCUACUAUGCUUUCAAAAUUUAUGACUUCAACGACGACGGCUACAUCUGUGCGUGGGACCUGGAGCAGACGGUGACCAAGCUGACGCGGGGGGAGCUGAGCGCCGAGGAGGUGAGCCUGGUGUGUGAGAAGGUGCUGGGAGAGGCCGAUGGGGAUCACGAUGGGCGGCUCUCCCUGGAAGACUUCCAGAACAUGAUCCUGCGGGCACCCGACUUCCUCAGCACCUUCCACAUCCGCAUCUGAGGGCACCGUGGAGAAGCCGGGUCAGAGGAGGCCGGCGUGACCUGUCACUCCACUGUGGAAUCCGGCCUCCCUGGGUUCUGGGAAUAAACACACGG